UUAGAUUUUGCUUACGAUGGAUUAAAGUGUUUACCCGGUUACAAGUCUUUCUGUUUUUUUAUUUCUUUUGUGUUAAUUAAUUUUUUUAAUCUAAUUAAUAAGUUGUCAGUUAAUUCACUGACUCGAGAGGAAGAUUAUCUCAGCAACGUAAUCUUAAUAUUUACCUUGAAAUUAUCUUGAAAAGUUGAUUUGAUUCUUACCUUUUCUAUAUUUUUUCAUCUAUUCCUUUGGCCUCAAUCCGGACUAAGAAGGUAUUGAAAAUGGCUUGUUAUGAUUGUUUGGGUCGGACUGUUUGGUAUUCAUUUCUAGUUUGGUUUCUAUUCAAAGUGAUUCGUCUUGUUUAUACUAAUCUAUUGGCUCCAACCUUUGGCUUAGGUGUUAAAUGGCGACCUGGACCUGAUAGUUGGGCCGUUGUGACAGGUUCAACCGAUGGAAUUGGUCUUGAAUAUGGUAAACAAUUAGCUAACAAAGGAUAUAAUUUACUGUUGAUCUCAAGAACUCAAUCCAAGUUGGAGACUGUUGCUGAUUCCAUUAAAAACGAUUGCCCUAAGGCUCGUAAGGUUGAGACUCUUGCCUUUGACUUCAGCUCAACGGAUUACACGAAAAUCGAGGAGAAGAUCAAUUCUUUGUAUGGUACAAUCGAUGUCCUGGUGAACAAUGUCGGUAUCUCUUACUCUUAUCCCGAUUUCUUUACCAAAUUGGAAUCUUCAACUAUCGACAAUCUGAUUAAUAUCAACAUAAUCUCGGUCACCAAGAUGACCCAUUUGAUUCUUCCCAAAAUGGAGGCCGCUCGAAGAGGAAUCAUCAUCAAUAUCUCUUCUUAUGCCGGUUCACUGCCCACUCCAUUGUUGGCCGUUUAUUCAGCUACCAAAGUCUAUGUCGAUUAUUUGUCUCGAUCCUUACAACUUGAAUACUUAAACAAAGGAAUCACAAUUCAAAGUGUUCUCCCCGCUUUCGUUGCCACCACCAUGAGUCGAAUGAGACCUUCGAUCACCACACCGACACCCAAGGCUUUUGUACGAUCGUCCUUAUCAACCGUCGGACUUGAAACUCGAACUUAUGGUUUUUGGGCUCACAAAUUGUACGGUUGUAUCACCGAUUUCGCUAAUUGUAUCGCUCCCAGUGAAGAUUUCAUGUCCAAAAUUUCAAUGAACACACUUGAAGCUACUCGAAAGCGAGCAUACAAAAAGUACAACAAGAAAGAUGAUUAACUUAACAAUUAAGAGGGAAAAUUAAUCUACUCACUAAUUUGGAGAUUCCAAUCAAUGUUUCUUUCUUUUGUUGCUACAAUUAACUAAUUGAAAUAAUUCACUGGGUUUAAUUAUUUGUUCACAUGUUCGUAUCUUUGAUAAAUCAUUUAUUUCCCUGAUUUGGUCAAUAUUAAAUUGUUGACGUUUCUUUUUUUUAAA